UCAACACAUUUCCAAUAGUCCCAUUUGAAAUUCAAAAUAUAUAGUAGUAGAAAAUAGUGUGAUCUUAAAUUUAAUCUACCAUGGCUAUCGACAGUCCUCUACUGAAUAACGGUGUCAACUCUCCUCCUAGUGUUGUUCAUCAUGAAGAAGAGAAGCCACUGAAAAUUGUUCACAAAAUUGGGGUGGAGUCGAAGAAGCUAUGGAAAAUAGCCGGUCCAACAAUCUUAACUUCUUUAUCUCAGUACUCGCUUGGUGCAUUCACUUCUACGUUUGUUGGCCAUGUUAACGAGCUCGAUCUUGCAGCUUUUUCUGUUGAAAAUUCUGUUAUUGCUGGUUUCGCCUUUGGUUUCUUAUUGGGUAUGGGAAGUGCAUUGGAGACACUAUGUGGGCAAGCAUUUGGUGCUGGACAUAUAAGAAUGAUGGGAAUUUACAUGCAAAGAUCAUGGAUUAUCUUGGUGGCUACUGGCCUUUUAUUGCUACCUUUUUAUAUUUGGGCAACUCCCCUCUUGAAGCUUGUUGGACAGACUGAUGAGAUCGCAGAAGCUGCUGGCACAUUUGCUUUGUGGAUGAUACCACAAAUAUUUGCAUAUGCUUUGAACUUUCCAAUCCAAAAGUUCUUACAAGCACAAAGGAAAGUCCUGGUGAUGUUAUGGAUAUCAUUAGGUGUUUUAGUGUUACAUGUACCUCUUAGUUGGCUUCUAAUAUUGAAACUAAAUUGGGGCUUAGUUGGAGCUGCAAUUAUUCUAAACACAUCAUGGUGGUUGAUUGUCAUUGGUCAACUUUUGUACAUUUUCAUCACCAAAUCAGAUGGUGCUUGGAGUGGAUUCUCAUGGCUAGCUUUUGCAGAUUUGUUUAAUUUUUUGAAACUUUCUUUAGCUUCAGCUGUUAUGUUAUGCUUGGAGUUUUGGUACUUGAUGAUAUUGGUGGUGAUAACAGGGCAUUUGGCAAACCCUUUGGUGCCAUUGGAUGCUGUAUCUAUUUGUAUGAACAUAAAUGGUUGGGAUAUGAUGAUCGCGCUAGGGUUUAACGUUGCAAUAAGUGUGAGAGUAUCAAAUGAACUUGGAGCAGGUGAUUUUCGAGCUGCAAAGUUCUCAGUGAUAGUGGUUUCCCUCACAUCAAUAUCCAUUGGUGUUGUUGCUAUGAUCAUAGUACUAACAACUAGAGAUUACUUUCCUCAAUUGUUCACUUCAAGCUAUGAGGUUGCUGAGGAAACAACUAAACUUGCUGCUUUGCUUAGUAUCACUGUACUUCUAAACAGCCUUCAACCAGUAUUGUCUGGUGUUGCUAUUGGAGCUGGUUGGCAAUCUCUUGUAGCUUACAUCAAUCUUGGAUCCUACUAUGCUGUUGGAUUACCAGCAGGGAUAUUGUUGGGAUUCACAUUUGGUUUUGGAGCAGAGGGUAUUUGGUCAGGUCUGAUUGGAGGCAUAGCUGUGCAGACCAUAAUCCUUAUAAUUGUUACUUCAUUAACCAAUUGGAAAAAAGAGGCUGAUGAAGCAGAAAGCCGUGUGAGGAAGUGGGGAGGAACAAUUUCAAUUGAGAAUUAAAUUUCAUUAGGUUGAAUGAACAAUGAAGGCACCAAAUUCAUUGCCCAACUUCACAUUACUCUCUGUCAAGUCACAUUGAGUUGUACUCAAGAUAUUAUUGACUUGGAAAAUCUCUGAGAUUUUGCGGUUUCAAUUAUGGAUUAGUUUAGCUUGUUUUAGUUUCUAGAAAUUAUUUAAUCAAUGAUUUGUACUCUUCAUUUUUCUUCAAACACAAUAAUGUUGUAUUAUUUUUUAAACAACAAUAUUAGUAAUUUAUUGUUAGAUUAAUAUUUUUCUUCUUUGCUCAUA